AUGAUGGUCGAACAGCAAACACAGCAGAAGCCCGCGCCUGCCUCCAUCAAACCUGUCCCGGAUCUCCCGCGCCAAGUACUACAAUAUGCACCACUACUUGUUGGAAAGUACUACAUCCAAGACAAGCCAGCGGGUGCGAUCCCGAAAUGUGCCGGCGCAGCUGACAGCGUUCAUCCCGCCAUGUCUGGCUCAGCGCUUGCGCGUUCCUCCAAGACUACAAACGCCGCUGCGAACGAAGUGACACCCGUGUAUUUGGGCUACGAAACGAACGCGAAUGUGCGCUCAGCGAUGCCUUUCGAGGGAAAGUACAGCGGCUCCUUCCAGAUCCAAGCCGUCAAGGGCAAACACCAGACUGUAGCGGAGAAAGACGUGGAGAUCCGAUUCGUACACGACGCGAGUAACCCGACGCACUUCGUGGUCACUGGCUCAGGUGAGAACCGCUUCGGUGUGUUUUCGUUGCAUGGGUUCCUGGACAAAGAGACGAAUGAACUGCGGUUAUAUAAAGUCUACAAGCCAAAGGAACCAGUAAAACGGACACUACCAAGACGCUCAAGGGCAGCGCGAGCAGCUACACCCGCUGUGAAGCGUGAAGUGAAGGCUUUGUCGAUCUCUGCACCGGGCGUAGCGGCUAUUACGGCCUCAGUAGAGGUGGCAAAGACUGUGACGCCUAAACCUGCACCAACGAUUGUCGCUCCACGAAGUGUGGGCACCCCAGUGUCCGACUAUUUGUCUCCGUCUUUGGUACUUGGACGCUCGGAGAGGAAGCGCUCUAUCCCUGCACAUCUACGUGAGGAUAAUAUCCUCGAACUGGACCAAGCCCCUAUGAGUAUGAAGAAGUGUCUGAGUAUUCUGAAGGGUUUGAUGGCGAACCCUAAGGCGGCACCCUUUAUGGCACCCGUGGACCCUGUUGCGUUAGGUAUUCCGGACUAUUUCCACGUCAUUAAGGAGCCGAUGGAUCUCGGAACAAUCCGCAACAACUUGGAGUCUGGUUUCUAUGACAGUCCGUCGGAUUUCGCCGAGCAUGUGCGACUGACAUUCCGAAACGCGACGCUCUAUAACGCCGCCCACAGUCAAGUGCACAUCUAUGCCCGUAAACUUGUGGACGACUUUGAAAAGCGGUUCAAGACGGACGGCACAUAUUCGUCCAAGAAGGUCCGAGGUGGCAAGGGUACGAAGGGCAACACGAAGCGACAAACGUCUGGCGAAGAUAAUGGCUUGAUCAUGUCGCUAAAGGAAGAUAUCGAGCGUCUUAAAGCGACUCUGGAACAGCUGCAACCGGCCAUGGCGAAGGCUGUUGCGUCCAAGUCUGCAAAGGCUGCCAAGCCGUUCAAGAUGGACGACUUAACUGAAGAAGAGCUGAACGAGCCCAUGAGUCAGAUGGACAAGGCUCGAUUGAGCUCCGACAUCAAGUUACUUCCGCAGGACAAGAUCAAUCGUGUCCUUCAGAUCAUUGCGGAAGCUGUUCCUGUCGCUAAUUUGGCGAACGAGAACGACGAAGUAGAGUUAGACAUCAACGCGUUCGACACGAGGUGCUUGCGAAUGCUGGAAGGAUAUGUUAGGGAAAACGGGAUUGGUCGCAAACGGAAGCGUCCGACCAAGAAGUCGAAGAUGCAGCCAGCUGAAAAGCGGCUCAAGUCUGCCAAGGAUGUCGCCAUGACAGACGUGGAUGGCGGUGCGGAAGCUGGAGCCACGAAGAAGGCUGGCGAGAACUCGGACAGUUCUUCUAGCUCGUCCGAGUCGUCAGACUCGGAUAGUGAUAGCGAUAGUGAAUCCGAUUCGGACGACGACGGCGGUGCUCCUCUCGAAAGGGUGGGUUUCGCCCCCAGUUUAUCCCAGCUUGACCCCUCGGCUUCCGUUCAUUCCGAUGCGGCCAAGAAGAUCCGUGACGAGCAGCUGUCAAGCUCCGAGCCUCUUCGUGUGGAGAACCGUGGAGCUUGGAGUAUGCUGGCCAAGAAGGAGACGCCGAAUGGAACGCCCCUGCCUCAGGCUAAUGGCAGUCAGUCCACGAGCUCGUUGUGGCUUUCUGCGCGUUCGAUGGAGCAGAUCAAACAGCAGAAGAUCCAGCAGAAGGAAAAGGAGCGCUCAGAUGAGUUGGAAGCUCAGAAACGCCGUGAAGUCGAGCUGCGUGAGAAGGAAAAGGAGCGUGAACAAGCUGAGCGACGAAAGCAAGAGCAAGAGCAAGCAGCGAAGCUCGCAGAGGAGAAACGUCUUCGAGAAGAACGUGCUCGUGAAGCGGAGCGUGCUCGCCAAGCGCAACUUGCGAUGGAGCGCGAGAAACUGGCUCGUGACGACGAUGUCGAGCUCCACGACGCCACGUUGAGUGAGGACCUGGAUGCCUUCAGCUCGUCCUCAUUUUUGUAAAGUCGCUUGUGAGUGACGAGGUGAGCAAGACGAAGUGUAUCAUCCUUCGACGGACGUGCAAAGUUUUAGUAAGCUGCCCGUCGAGUGCGUGCGUGCGUUUGAUAUUUAUGCCGGUGACUCGAUUCUGAGCGUAUCCAAAAGAAAACACCAGGUAGUAAGAGUAGCUAUUCUAUCUAAUCAAGCCAAAAUUUGAUAGGAAU